UGACGUGGUCAUGACGUCACAGGCUGAACGCGGAAGUUAGAGUCACCGUGGAGAAGGUAAACUAACCACAGAAACUUCCGUCCUUCCCGCCAUGUAAUGGAACCCAGCAGGCUGCCGAUCUGUCGGUACCGAUACCCGGUGCUUCGUGGAUUGGAGCGGUACUGCGAGCGGGACCGACAAGCUGGUACUGACUCCGAGUUGCCUCGUCCGUCCCCGAGAACAUGAAGCUUCUGCUUUCACUUCAGCUGUCUGCACUUUCUGACACGCUUCCCUAAUUCCACCACCUGGAACUGCUCUGGAACUGGAUCGGAGCCGAAACACGUCAGGACUGUGCCCCGGUAUCUUUUUAAUGGCUCCUUUUGGACUACCUGAAGAUGGAGGACUAAGGCUGCGCCCACUGGGCAGGUAGUCCCACUGACCCCGUCCCUCCGUCGCCAUGCUGGCGCUCUGCUCCCUGCGAAUGCUUUUAUUGACGCUGGGAGUUGUUGUGGUCCUCUUUAGCGACCGGCCACGCCUUCUCAAGGACACUAGCACUGUGCUUGUGGAGCGAUGCAGAAGUGAAAGAUUGGCUUUUGGUGUGAGGCAGUGACCUCAUGCAGUGGGACAUCACCGUUGGGGGUGUGGCCUGAAGAGCUGAACCUGCAGGUGUGUUAAUCUUGGCGGAAAGCUGUCUACUUGCUGUCUACCACACCUCCACCGACCCCCUCCCCACCCACCAUCUACCUAAGCUGCACUGCCAUCUGUCAGCGCUGCGUCUCAUUGGCUGGGGCGACAGGCUCCGGCGGGACGUGAUUGGCUGGCACACCGCCCAGAAGAAAGAGGCGGAGUCAAGCUGAUUGAUAAAGGGAGAAGAGGAGGAGGAGCUGAGGCGGGAUGAGUUGACGGCUCGCACACAACAAGUGUUCAGCGUGAGCGAGAGAGAGGAAGAGGGGGUUACCACGGCAACUCAGAGGACACCACAGCAGAGGACAAACAGAUUGAAGAAAUGACUGCACAACAGCCGUGGUGCACCAGUUGCACCACAGGAAAGGAACACCAUCAAAGGUCCUGACAAAUAAAGAGCUGGGUUGGACGUUUGGUUGGCAAAGGGGCCAAAAUGUCCCAGGCAGGCAAAGUUCUCCACCUAUAUGUUGAGGUGAGGUCUGUGACCGAGGAUGGUGGAAGAAUUCCUGGAAUUGGAAAUGAUGGGAACCUGAACCUUCAGUGCCCAGAAGUUCUCCCCCACUCUCAGAGGAGCUCCAUCCAGUCCAGCCCCAACUGGAGUCCAGACCCUUCCCCGCUCACCCAGCGCAGAAUGCUGGAUGGACGCCAUGGCUCGCCUCACUCUAACUCGUCUUCCAGGCACUCGGUCAGCUCCCAGGGCCAGCACCCUGAUGUCAUAGAUUCCUCCGCUCACUUAAACCAGGAAGACAUUUUACCCAACAGUUUUGAAGACUUGCUUCAGGUGCUCACAUGUGCAGCCAGCAGUUCAGGGCAUCAUUGCUCACCAACACUCACGUCUUCAUCGCUAGUGUAUCCCUACCAAAGACAGGAGGUUACCAACCCUUCUACCUCUUUCGGGAAGCUGACUGCACCUUCCACACCCACUUGCAGUCAGAGGUCCUGUGAGGUCCUGGAAUCAGAGGGACAAGAAAGCAGGACAUCUGUGGUGACCUUUGGCUAUGUAGAGAAAGCAAAUGUUCAUAUGAUGGGCGACCGUUGUCCUUCUUUUUGCCAAAGUGAGUCCAGCAGUAACGAAAGGGAGCAGCAGUUUGUGCCCGCCCACCUUAGGAAGAGGUUAAGUGAUCCAUUAGGAUUCAGUGGUCACACAGGAAAGGGUGGACUUCGCUCAUCUGCCAACAAUAGCCCACAAGGCUCACCUAUCCUGCAUAGAGAGGUGGUAGCAAGAGAUGCCACCCACAGGGCCUUGGAGGAGUUUGGUUCGCCAGAACUAAGGCGCCGCUUUGCAGGUCGUAGCCAAGAAAACUGCAGCCCGACCCUUCCGCGAAACUAUCUCUCACCUGUCUGUCGCUCGUGGGCAGGGUCACCUGUCCAGCCACGCAGUACCUUCACCUUACCAUCCAAUUCUCAACUACAAGACCUAUACAGGGGAGUCUGCCAGAAUUCCAUGAAUGGAUUUCCAAGAAGCCCGGCAUCUGAUCAGCUGUGUGCCCACACUGGCUUUUCAUCCCACACAGUGGCUCCAACUUCAGUACUUCAUUCUCGCAACCAUCCCCAGAACCUGCAAUCAUCCUGGAUGGGGGACAACAGUCCAGCAACCAGCCCUCCCUGCAGAUUUCACCCUCCAUUACCUGCUGGAAGACCCACAGAUAUCCUGCAUGAAGUGCCAAGGAGCAGACCCAGUCAUGAAACCACAACCGCUAAUAGCGGUAGACGCGCCUCCGCCUUCACAACUGCUUAUGUUUUUUCAGCACGACAAACUACUUCUCCAACACCUUCCCAGACCGAGUCACUGAGGUCAGUUAGUCUGAAUAUUGGAGGGUCAGUUAGUCCAAAUACUGACUGCUCAGUCAGUCCCAAUAUUACCGGGUCAAUUAGUCCAAAUACUGGAGGCUCAGUCAGUCCAAAUAUAAGAGUCUCAGUCAGUCCAAAUAUCGGAGGGUCAUUCCUUAGAAAAUCCCAACCAUAUUCUGGGCUUCGGGAGGAGCUCUACCCUGAGCUAGUACAGGUGGACAAACAGAGUCAGAGAUUAAAAAGUGACAAAUGUAAAUCUCAAAUUCAUCCAGGACAUGUUUCACCUGUCUUGGAUCAGCUCAGCUUACCUGUGAGGUCUCAUUCACGCAAGGAACAAAGUUCAAAAGACAAUCGCAACAUGUCAUCCCCACUUCAACAUCAGCAGGCGACACAGUAUGCUGGAGACCACACAUCUACAUGCUUGGAUCACAAGAAACUUGAUGGCGCACACAGCCCUAAUAGCUCAGAACUCAUUAAAAGACCCGUCUCCUCCCAAACAUCCGAGGCUUCAGCUGUGAGCUGUACCUCUUCACAGCAUGAACUAAGGAACACCGGCCCGGGCCAAGACAAGCUGAAAAGCUGUAAGCUUGACAAAUCCAGACGGUUUGAUUCUAAACCCAAAGAGUGUUACAGAAAGCAUGACAACAAGGCCGUACAGGAGCACGGCAAAUUGGUGGGGGGUCCGUCCAAGACAUGGCAAGAGGACGUUCAGGAUCACAGCAAGGUUGGUGGGCCCCCUUUGAGUUCCAGCACAGUUCCAGAUGUUUUGGAGACGGAAAAGUGUCAAAACCAGUGCAGCGAAGAUACGGCAGCAGGGAUCCAGUCCGACAGAAGUUCAGCCGUGAGUCCGUCUCCAAGAUCACAAAAAAUUGCCCAAGCGAAGUGGGAUUUCCUAUUUGGACAGCAGAGCCUCGCAGAAGCUCGCAGCAAUAAAGGUGCUGCCUCGGCCACGCCCCCUCCUUGCCAGAGCCCUCCCCCCUCUGUCCAUCCCAAGCCAGCCGAUCACAGGAGGGGGAGGGCCGACCAGGCUCACAGGUCAUCGCACCAAAAGGUUCGGAAGAUCGAGGUGGAGCUGGUCUCCUCAGAUCCAAGAGGCUCUUCCCCCAAGACGGGUGUCAUACGGCGAACCAUCAAAUACUCUGAAACGGAUCUAGACGCCGUGCCGCUGCGCUGCUACCGGGAAACUGACCUGGACGAGGUGAUGCGAGCAGAGGCGGAGGCAGCCGCUGAGGUUGAUUCAGCCUUCGGGAGUCGUCGCAGUGUCCAAGGAAACUCGAGCCUAAGUCUCCCCGAAGCUUCUCCAAAGGAGGAUGAGGAGGACGAGGGGGCGAGCCGGGCCAGUGUCCGCUUGCAGGGAGAACGCCAGAGACAGACAUCAACUGAGGACGAGGCUUUCGGUCUCCUGCUGAAGGGGAACUCUGUGGUCAAGUCUCCGGUGGCUGUGGGCGUCCCCCGCCAGCACUCCGACAGCAACCUGGACUCUUUCAGUCGCCAUUUUGAAAGCAUCAUGGAGUCUCACCGGGCCAAAGGAACCUCGUACAGCAGUCUAGACAGCGUCGACCUCCUGACGUCUGGAUCGACGUCUGUGUUCACCUUUGACCUGCCCACGCUCACGCCCGAGAUCCAGAGCCAGAUCUGCGAGAGUGCCAAGAAUAUCAUCCAGCUCAGUUUUGCUCCCUUGGCUCGUCCGGACCCGUCAGAGAUGUCUCGCUCCGAAAUCAGCCUCACCGCGGCGGGGGCCGAGAUGCGUGGCGGCACCAAAGACGACUACGCUCCUCCUGUCCGAACCGGGCCGGACCUAGAGCCGUGGCGGCGUUCUAUCCUCAAAGAUGGUUUCCACAAAGCCAGCUCGGUACCGUCGCUCCACUGCACUCCAAGAGAACGUGCGGUCAACCGCCCCCCCGAGCUGCUCUACCCGCAGGCCGACGUGGCCGAGCGACUGGCGCAUGGUGGCGGCGACGACGUGCUGGCAAACGGUGCCAAGGCUGACCUGCAGGCCGCCAAACGCCUCGCCAAGCACCUGUACCACCUGGACGGUUUCAGAAAGUCUGACGUGGCUCGACAUCUCAGCAAGAAUAAUGAGUUCAGUCAAAUGGUGGCUGAAGAAUAUCUCAGCAACUUUGACUUCCACAGACUGACUAUGGACCAGGCCCUCAGAACCUUCUUGGCCAAGUUCCCCCUGAUGGGAGAAACUCAGGAGCGCGAGCGAGUGCUGGCUCACUUCUCCAGACGCUACGUGCGCUGCAACCCAGACGGCGACACCACGGAAGACAGUGUCCACACUCUCACAUGUGCAGUGAUGCUGCUCAACACUGAUCUCCAUGGCAACAACGUCGGCAAGAGGAUGUCCUGCAGUCAGUUUGUCUCCAACCUGGAAGGCCUCAAUGAGGGAAAAGAUUUCUCCAAAGACCUGCUGAAGACGUUGUACGCGUCCAUCAAGAACGAGAAGCUACAGUGGACCAUCGAUGAGGAGGAGUUGAAGAAGUCCAUGUCCGAGUUGGCCGACGGUCGAACAGACUCCGCCUCCCACACCAUGAAGCGAAUCGGCCGUGGCGGCAACCCCCUGGUGGGUGUGGCCCAGCAGGCGGAGGGCGAGCUCUAUAAGAGCGGUUUCCUGGUCCGCAAAGUCCACGCCGACCCGGACGGAAAGAAAACGCCACGUGGGAAGCGGGGGUGGAAGUCCUUCUACGCCACCUUGAAGGGUCGAGUGCUCUACCUGCAGAAGGACGAGUACCGUGGCGAGCGGCAGCUGACGGAGGAGGAGGUGAAGAACGCCGUGUCCGUGCACCACUCCCUCGCCAUGAGGGCCGCCGACUACAGCAAACGCCCCAACGUCUUCUACCUGCGCACGGCUGACUGGCGGGUGUUUUUGCUGCAGGCGCCGGACGCCGAGCACAUGCAGUCGUGGAUCACGCGCAUUAACGCCGUGGCGGCCAUGUUCUCUGCACCCCCGUUCCCGGCGGCCAUCGGCUCUAGAAAGAGAUUUAGCCGCCCGCUGCUCCCGGGGUCCGACUCCAAGCUGUCACAGGAGGAGCAGGUGAAAUCCCACGAGGGUCGCUUCAGGGCCGCGUCCGCCGAGCUGGAUGACCUCUUGACCUCCAUGGCCGAGCACAAGGUGAAAGGUCGCGAGCUGGACGAGCAGAAGCUGCGGCGGGAGUAUUUGGAGUUCGAGAAAACCCGUUACGGUACGUACGCCAUGCUGCUGAGGGCCAAGAUGUCUGCUGGCGCCGACGGCGACCUGUCGGCUUUCGAGGCGCGGCUCCUGGAGGACGGCCGCAACAGCCUGCAGAGGGUGCGCUCCAGCCCCACGCUGCCGCAGGAAGCGGGCGACGACAGCGCCACACCACACGCACCGAGCAGAGACAAAGAAGGAAGCGCGAAGGCGAAGGCGUAAGCCCGUGCAGGGAAGCGCCGCUGGGCCCUUCACAAUAAAAGUCUCAUCUCUUUCUAGCCAUUCGUGACAGGACGCCGCUCUGCUUCUCCUAGCGACACUCGGCGAGCAGGUCGCCAUGACAACCGCUUAAGAUGGCCGGCGCCACGUGGGGACUGUUGUCAUGGCGACGGCGGGAGGCCGUCGAGGCCGGCAAAAUAAACAAUGCGACCGCGCCGCUUCGCCGUCAUCCUGAGGUGCGUCCAUUGGUCACGUGACACGCACACACGGCCUCUUGUCCCCUUGCAGGACAGGAAGUGAACUGCACCUUAGCACAUUUUAUUCAGGACAAUAAGCCAAGAAUGUCACUUUAACGGAAAAAGAAACCCCACACAAAUGUUGAGUUCAACAAGACAAAUAUAAUAAUAAUAUUAAUAAAAUAGGAGCAUUUUCAUAAUUUCUCUUCA